AUGAAGGUCUUUUGCGCAUGGCUUCCGAUGCUUGUUGUUGCCCUGCGCGAGAAGAACGAGGCUGAGCUCGCCGACUUGGCGGAGCCUGAGCCUGCCGUGUGCUGCGUGAAAGACAACCCCCUUCGCGCCGCUGCGGCGUUGCGGGCCAGUGCUGAAGUGGCUUUUCUCGACCUGGUGAACACGGGCGCGUAUGCAUUUGGGACCGGCUUGACAGGACACUUGCUGACUCACUGCAGAGCCUUGGGCGUGCCCGACGCGACGUGCCCCAAGAAUGUGGAGGUGAGCAGUGCGCGGGCCGCUCGAGCGCCAGAGAUGCUGAGCGACGCGGCGCAGCGUUUGCAGAGCUUCGCGCGCUCCACCGUCUACUGGGCGCACACGCCGGACCCCAGUAAACCGGACUGCGGCUCGGCGCGCGCGGGCUACGUCGCCGGCGACGUUAGUCGCUGCCAGCAGGAAGUGGGGAGCUUUGGCUUGCUGGCGCAGCUCUGGGGCGCGAAGCUGGCGAACGACGUGCGCCUUGGCCUUAGCUCAGGGGCGUUGAGUCCCCAUCAGAAGCCCGUGGCGCCUUUUGAUAUUCAGGCGCUUCGCAAGAUCUACGAGAAGAACCGCAAGAGCUGUGGGAGGCCCAGAUCAUCCGGGCGCAGCAAGAAAAGGACGCGGGCUGUUCAGUGUGCAGUGAUGGUGUGGGAGCCUUCCGAGCUCUCGCCGUUUGUGGCGCCAGAUGAAGCCACGCAGGGCCUGGCUUAUGAGGGGUGCGAGUCCUUGGCGCCAGAUGAAGCCACGCAGGGCCUGCUUCAUGAGGGCUUGCAACUAGCGCCUGCGUCGCCCUGGGGGGCGGGCUUCCCACGCCACUCCUUGGCGCCAGAUGACGGCACGCAGGACGAGGGGUGGCAGGUCACUCCUGUCAUGGGGCCGCCCAGCAACUGCCUUGCGGUCUCUGGCAUCGGCGCGUGCAGUCAGCCGGUGCUGUUGGCAGACUAUGCCUCCAUUAAGUUUUGCGCGGUGGAUGCCGUGAGCGCGACCUGCGCCUUGAAUGUCGCGCUGGUCUCAGCGCAGGCUAGAGUCAACACCAAGUCCGCCAGUGAGACUUCCAACCUGCAGGGCUCCCAGCGGCUCCCAGCAUCAGCGCUUUGA